AUGAGCGCGCCGCAGGACAAAUAUGUGUUCGGACGCAAAAUUAAACAACCCAGGUCACUGCCGCAGCAUGGGGCAGAGGGUGAGGAAGGCCGCCUGCGUGCGAUUGAGGCAACAAAGAGGUUAUUCGGAGCGCUAGGAGGGGGUAAACCAAUCCCCUUCACGACACCGCCUCCGGUGCCGCAUUUUUUGAAGAAAGAGUUCGAGCAAGGAAUGGCAGAGUAUGGCAUUGAUGCAAACAACCCAGCAACCGAUGAGCAGCGGCGACGAUGGCUAGAAAUCAUGGACACUGGUCAACAGGUAGUACCGUCUUCAUCUCGCGGACAAGACGCAGCUCCUGAAAAAGACGCUUCUCGCGAACAAGACGUAUCAACGCGCACCAGACCCAAUAGUCCUAAUAUGGACUUUGGUGGUCCUUUACUGCCGAAUACCAAUAAUCCUGCACAAUCGCCAUGGAGAGAAGACUUGUUUGGGCCUAUGCUUAAGGAGCCUCGUGUAGCAAGCGAGACCGGCUUACCUACUAUACCAUGGAGAUGGGUGACGGUGCCUCGACCAAAAUUCCCGGGAAAUACGCCCGGUUUGCAACUAAUCUUGUUGAACUGGCUGGAGGUCAUGGAGGAGUUCCAACGUCGCCUUCCUCACCCACAGGCUUUUGCCGUUAACCCUGCUUUUCCUUUGAACAUGACGCACCCCACUCGCAAGCGCCCCGUAUCCGUUAGCUUCUACGAAACCACCACAAACCCGCACCGGGAGUUACGUUUCUUGGGCCCCGGCGACGCCACUAGUAUAGUAUAUGGAGAGGUCGAUUUGUUCGAAAGUAAGGGGCAGAAAAGACUCAGAACCUUGGAAAAUUAUAACCCGGUCGGUGAGGGCCGUUGGGCAUUUGUUCAUAUUGAAGACCGUAGGAGUAUGCAGCCUGGAGAGGGAAGCCCCUCCUUUGUUCUACUUGCAUGGCCAACCUCUGCCGUCACAAGCAGAUCGGAAAGUCUUCAUACAAUAUACCCCAAGGAUACACCACUCACUACACUUCCUCCUAUUCGUCCACAGCCACCUGGCGGAUCAUUGAGGCGGUUGAUGUCAAUCUCUCAGAUCCUGGACCCAGAGGCACAAAGGAAGCGUCUUUACGAAGCCAUCCGUUCGAAGAGCGCUUCGGAACUGGCAGAAGUGGAUACGUCUAGCAACCUACCUCCAGCAGGUUCUCAAAAGUUUGUACGGACAGUGAUAAAGCUGGAAAAGCCAGGGAAUACCCCGCUCGUUGAAGAGUACAGGGUUGAUAUGAUGGUGUUCGGAGAGUGGAUGGAUGCGGAUAAUCUUCCUCUUCGGGAAUAA